AAGUUUUUGUUAAAAAUUCUGUAAAAAAAUUUAUCAAAAUUUAUUGUCAUGUUAUCGAAAACAGUUGCACAUCAAAAAUUUUUAAUAAUUAAAAUUUUUCUGACAACAAUCAUUAUAUUUGAAUUUGUCAUAAUUUCUCAUCAGACAUUUGUACCAAAAGGUCGAAAAUGUCGUCUUCAAGAGAUGCAUUGCGAUAUUAUGCAUCCGGAAAAACAAUGUUGUCCUGGAACUAGUUGUGGUGUACGGAAAAUUAACAAUAAUCUUGUUAAUGUUUGUAUGAUGUGUCUUGAUAUUGGUGAAUCAUGUGGAAAUGAUUCAAAAACAUCUUGUUGUCGUGGUCUACGUUGUCAGAAGAUUACUGAAUUAUCAAGUGCUUGUAUUCCGAUUGCUAAUUUUAAAUUCUAUCCCGAUUAUGAAACCGAUUUUAAUAAUGAUAGACAACGUGAUAAUAAUUCUCCACAACCAAUUUCUCUUGCAUCAUUAUUGAUGUUAAGAGGAUAGAUUUUAAUUGGAUUUUUUUUUGUUGUUGUACAUAAUUUUUAACCCAUAGAAUAAUUUGGGUUUUAUAAGAAAA